CAGUAGGCGAUGAGACCGGGAGGGAGACGGCGUUGAAACAGACGUGAACUCUCCGAACAAAGAAGGAAUAUUGUGUCAUCAAUUAUUAACAAAGAACAUGCUACAAAAAAGGAAAUAAAUAACCUAAAUGGUUACAGCUUCAUAGACUUUGUUUUUCUACAUUUAUGUCCAUUGUUGCUUGGCACUGAAAACGGGGUGUUGUGUUUGUAACCUGAUGCGUCAAUUCAAGCGAGCCUGAAGACUCCGCCUACUCGAAGAGCCGCAAACCUGCGCUGGUGUGUAAAUGGUGCGGACCUAGAGGCAAGCUCGUUUGGAAGAGCUUCUUCACAUGAGCAGCACCCAAGAAAAGUCUACUUCCUCUCACAUGGAUUAUGCCAUGAAGUCUCUCAGCCUUCUGACUCCAUCCUCCCUGUCAAAGGUUGUGACAUCAAGGGUUUCAGCCAGCGCCUCCAUGACCUCCCAGCUCCUCUCUGGCCGAACUCCUCGACCAAAGCCCUUCAGGGUAACGAAUGCAGACCGCAGCGCAAAGAAAGGGAUAAUGGCAGAGACACUGCUGGACCUGACGAAUAAGGUCAGUGACUCUUUCAGUCUACAGUGCAUCAGCACCUUGGUUCUGGAUGAGGAUGGCACCGGCGUGGAAACUGAGGAGUUCUUCCAAACACUGCAGGAGAACACAGUUCUCAUGGUCUUGGAGAAGGGACAGAAGUGGACUCCACAUCCUAACAACCCCACCAGACUUCAGUCCAUCGAGUGCUGGCAACAACACCGCACAGAUGUGGCCAAGCUGACUUUCGACCUCUACAAAAACAACCCAAAAGAUUUCAUUGGCUGCCUGAACGUGAAAGCAACGCUGUACGGUGCUUACACUGUGUCCUAUGACCUACGAUGCUACGCAGCCAAAAAGAUGCUCAAGGAGGCUCUUCGAUGGACCAUCUUCUCUAUGCAGGCCACAGGCCACAUCCUGCUGGGCUCCUCCUGCUACAUCGAGCAGCUGCUGGAGGAAGAGGAGCAGGCUGAGAAGAGGCUAGCGCUGCCGCAGGAGAGCAGGAUCAGGCAGCUUCAGAGCAUGCUGCUGGGAAAGAUCUCCUACUGAUGAUGCUGUAAAGAUAAAAGUAGACGUGUCUUCUCCUAGAUUUAGGUCACAGUGUAGAUGUCACACCUUGAGCAGUUUGUAUCUGGUUAGUUUACUGUGUCAUACCUUCUAAUUUUUUUUUUUUUUUUGUCUUACAGUUUGUGUGAAUGUUGAAGUUGACAGGUUGUUCCUUAGAAUGCACUUUUACUUUGUAACUUGUUCCCACGGAAACAUAAUAAAUAAAAGCACCUUGUUUUAUUCCUCUGUGCCUGCCAGUCGAGCUCUGAACAGAGUAAAUUCUCCAGUGAGUUUUGCUGUGCUCUGGGAGUCCAUUAAUCAGGCUUUAUAUGUGGUUCCAGAUCAUAGUCACUGUAAUUGGCAACAGGUUCAGUUGUCUCUCCCACGCUUCCCUAAUUGUCGCCUGGUCUGUACUGUCUUGUCAGCUGCAGCCUGCCUCUGUCUCAGAAAACCAGAAGAAGAAGGGGAUGAAGGAAUACAGGGAAUGGUCGGCAGCUGCAGGAGGCGACGGGAGGGAGGCAGGGAGCCAUUAAACGGAGAGAUGCUGGUUACAGCUACAGAUGGAAGCGCCACUUUGCAGGAAGGUAGCAGAUGAAGCAGGACACAUUUUCACAAAACUGGUUGUCCAGAAAAAGAUAAAUGUCAAACUCAUUAGUUUUUGCAAAUGUGGCUCGCUUUCAUGUUAUUGACCAUUUUUUUUUUGUUUUGUUUUUUUCCAGUCUAAACUGUAUUUUAAGUUAUCUUUUGUAGCUCUGACCUACCAAUAUUAGUUUUAGCCUAUUUGGAUUUCUGUUCAAGAACUAAUAAAACAAAAAAAUGAGAAGAUUUAA